CUCUGUUAAAUUCCUCCCGCGGCCGGCGGUGGCCGGCUACACGAACAUGGCCUGUUCGCUUAUCCAUAAAUCCCCCCCCCUGAGCCCUGAGCUAUAUUCUCUUACUCGUAGAGUAUCAAUCAGAUGUCUACUUUUGCAACUACCCUCCACAAGUUCCAUGUCUUUCUCAGUUUCAGGGGACUCGACACUCGCCGCAACUUCAUCAGUUUUCUCUACAGAGAACUGAUUCGAAGGCACAUUCGAACCUUCAAAGACGACAAGGAGUUGGAGACUGGCCGGAGGAUUUCGUCUGAGCUCAUACGCGCCAUCGAGGAGUCGAAAUUCGCCGUCGUUGUGAUCUCUGCGAAUUACGCAGCGUCGACUUGGUGCCUCGAAGAACUCGUCAAGAUUAUGGAUUUCGCAAACAAGGGCUCGCUCACCGUGAUGCCAAUCUUCUACGGCGUGGAUCCGUGUCAUGUGAGGUGGCAGAUCGGAGAAGUCGCCGAACAGUUUAAGAAGCACGAAGCGAGGCAAGAUCACGAGAAAUUGCUUUCAUGGAGGCAAGCUUUGACCAAUUUGGCCAGUAUCUCCGGCCUUUGUUCGUUGAAAUGGGAAGAUGACUCGAAGCUGGUCGACAAAAUUACUGAGAGAAUAUCAAUGUCGAUUGAUACAACAACAACUACAAGCAAUGGAAGUAACAUAGAGGGGAUUGAUGCACACAUGAAAGCCCUUUCACGGUUACUGGAUUUGAAUUCGAAGAAAAGUGUGAGAGUGAUUGGGAUAUGGACAAGAGGAGCCAAAGGCAGAUCGGCUCUCGCUAAAUUCGUUUAUCAGAAAAUUUGUCAACACUUCGAAAGCCAUUGUUUCCUGGAGAACGUGAAAAGGAUUAGUCACAUGUCGUAUCUACAAGAAGAGCUUCGGGUAAAGGUUCAAGGAAAAUGCUUGAGUAAAUCAAGGCUCAAGAACCAAAAGGUUCUGCUUGUGGCAGACGACGUCAGUGAAAUUGAACAGUUGGAUGCUCUUGCAGAGGAUUUCAACUGUUUUGGUCCGGGAAGUAUAGUUAUCAUCACUACACGAGACAAGCAGCUGCUUAGUUCCUACGGCAUAGAGCUUUUGUACGAAGUAGGGUCUCUGAGAUUCCAGGAAGUUCGCCAGGAAGUUCGCGAAGCAGGGUCUCUGAGAUUCCAGGAAGUUCGCCAGGAAGUUCGCGAAGUAGGGUCUCUGAGAUUCCAGGAAGUUCGCCAGGAAGUUCGCGAGAGAUUCCAGGAAGUUCGCCAGGAAGUUCGCGAAGUAGGGUCUCUGAGAUUCCAGGAAGUUCGCCAGGAAGUUCGCAAAGAAGUUCGUACUAUCUUAAGACAAUAUGCCUUCAAGGAUAAAGACAUUUCUGCUGCGUGCGAGUCGGUUAUGUGUAGGGAAACGAAUUUUGCCAUGGAAUGGUUAGGUUGUCUACGUGUUAGAUCUGGUUAGGUGGAGUGUUAGUAUCAAUUCAUAAAGCUAAAUACCUUUUCAUGUAUGACUAAACUUAGUAAGAUGUGGCUUAGAAAUAGGAAUGUUUUGUCUAUUUUUGGAGUGUGUUGGUGGUGUAUAGAAGAAUUAUUAUUCUUUAUUGGAUUAAGUGAUAUACAAAUUCCUUUUCAAGAUUGGCUUUUGAUGUUUUUCCAUGUGCCCAACAGAUUUGUAGUGGGGAUCUAAAGUUCCAAACUUUCAUUCCUUGAUUUCACUGUUUUCAAGGAAAAAGAAUAAAGAAAAAAUAGCUCCAAGUUCGAACCUGAAAUGACUUACAUGAAAAAAUAGAGAAAGGGAAGCUUUUGAAGAGGAAAAUCCUCAAGGCGUGAAAGCUCUGA